GGAUUCGGCGUGGCUGGCGCCUUGGCGCUACCAGCGCAAGCGCCUGUAGCCGAAAGCGCUGGAGCCACUACCGCCACUACUGCCACUACCGCCACUAGCGAUUUCGCCGCUUUUUUUGCAGCUGCUUGCGGCGUCGCAGGCAUUUCGUGUUUGUGCGUAAAUUGUUGGAGUCAUCCGUUCCUCGUAUCGUGCUCGUAUCUCUCUCAGGACGGCAAUCCAAAGGGGACUGUGCAUCUCUUCUUGGUUACCCGCGGGCUGAUUAUGCGGCCCUGGGAGGGAUUGCUCUAGGACGACAAGUUUGACCGGCGAUUCCAUUCCUGCCAAGAUGGUGUUUCUAGUGCCUUGGAUCAUGAAGUUUCUGUCUCGGCACCGGUUCUUGCUGGCAUCCUUUAUCGCUGUCUGGAUCAUUGGGAUGGCAAUCACAAUGUCCCUCAUAGGACGCACAGACGACGUGAAGGCCAAGUACCCAGACACCACGGCAGUCCAGUUCAACGCCCUCCGCAAGGGCAUGGACACUUCCAACAGCCUUACCAGGGCGAAAGCCAUGAAGUACUGCAACCCCUACAACAGCAUAUCCCUGUGGCAAGAAGGCAAGGUGACACGCGGCAACAUGAGCCUCGUGGCCGUCGCCAUCUUGGUGCGGCACGGAGAGCGGAUGCCCCUGCGCCACAUCCGCCACCAGCAUCUGCUCGGCUGCCGUCAGCCGCCCCCCGUCCCUGUCGGACCCCGGACCUUGGAGACUCCUCUCCAGGGCUUCGUCUCUUUGGUGAACAAGCACCCCACCCUGCCCUUCAAGAAUAUCUUUGCGACCAUCUCGACCCACCCGAACCAGAGCACCUGCGCGGAGGGACACCUCACCUGGGACGGAGUCUUGCAGCACGUCAACAUGGGGGCCUCCUUGCGCCAGGCCUACCACACCGAUCCCUGGAAUCUCCUGUCCAAGGACUGGGAGCCGCAUGCAGUCAAGCUGUACAGCACUGUCCUCUCGCGCACCUACCAGAGCGCACUGGCAUUCCUCCACGGCUUCCUCCCGUCGUUCGCCCCGGAGAAGCUCCACCUGGUCCCCUCAAGAGACAUCAACUUCUGCCUGGGGGCCCACUGCGCCUGCCCGCGGCUCAAGGUCUACGAGCGGAUGCUGGCACGCAAGACACGCCUCAUGCUCAAGAACCACCCAGCGGUCUCGCAGCUGCUGGAGACGCUAGGCGAGGUGUUGAGCCCCGUGGGGAAUGCGACAGACUUCCAGAACCCCCGGGUGGUCAUGGACGGCCUCAUGGGCUUCGUUUGCCAGCGCAAGCCACUGCCAUGCACGGAUGACGGGCAGCGCCGCUGUGCCACGAUGGAGUACGUGGGCAACAUCCUCUCGUAUGUUGACUGGGAAGGCAAGCAGCUCUCGCACGACCUCUCGUUCCGGAGGAGCAGCGUGCUGAAGGCGUACAACCUGCUGGCGCGCGUGCACAAGGGACUGCGCGACGCGCUCGACGGCACAUCCAGGGUCAAGUUCCUCUUCUUCUCAGGCCACGACGUGAACUUGAUUCCGGUGGCCUCGACGCUCGGCUUCGACGACGGCGUCAUCCCGCCGUAUGCAUCGAGGAUAGUUUUCGAGGCGUACAGUGACGGCCAACGGGGCCGCUUUGUGAGGAUCCUCUACAACGGGAAGGACGUGACGCGGCACACGCAUUUCUGCAAGGGCAUUGUGCCGGCACCUGGAGCCGACGCCGGGCUUUGUCCCUUUGGGAACCUGACGACCUUUGUGACGAAGGACGUGUUCAAGAUAUUUGCGGCUCAGAGUUAUGCGGCGGCGUGCGGGCUGGAAGGCACGCGGCCCACGACCUCCGUCUCGUCCGACGUGGCCCUCUGAGGAGAGCAUCGUGCUGGAAAGACCCAUUCUACGCCGCAGGCCACGUGUCGGCUACGGCCCUUAAGCUGGAAAUGCCCGGCGAUGCUCGGGGGAAUCGGCUGCAUUGUUCAAAGAAGUGGUUGAGCCAAAUACUGUUCUUUGGCGUUGCCCCGAGGAUUUUGGAACAAUAUUUUUAGGUCUCGUUGAGUGAUUCGUCCAUGGAGAUUGUCGACUAAAUGGAUUAUGCUUAGGUGCAAGAGAGCUGAAGUGAGUAUGAGCUUGCUUAUCACUGCUCAGAUACUGCUAUGGUUGUUGCGAGGAAUCACACUUGCUCUAAAUGUUUUAGGAGUAUUUUCAGGGGCGCAACCCGUCACCUCUGCAGUCGACCUCUGCUGAUAUUAGGAAUGAGAAAUAUUGUUGGGGGCGUGGGUAUGAAAUGACUGCUCGCGUUGUGUGCCCGAAACGCUUGAUGCUGCUGCACGAUCGCAAGAACACACAUACACUCAUAGAUUGUUCAGUUGUAGGACUUGACAGUCUACCUCCUUCAGGCCAGGUAGAAGCUGGGGAAUUGUAAUGCAGCCGUGUUUUGUUGGUAACCAUUGUAAUAGACCCAAGCCAGGCGACUUCCUGGCUGCGUUUAAGAUUCGGGUGCACCAUACAUGGUUGUUGACAUCAUCUGCCAACAGACACCUAUUCUCUUUGUUAUGGUUCUCAAUUACGUGCACGUGUCAAUCACUAGUGGCAUGAGCAUGUUUGUACAGAUCAUACAAACAUUCAAAUAGAUAUCUGUGAUAUAUUGUAAAACUUCUCUUGUACAUAUUACUCCAUUGCUUUGUAUGUUCUCUCUGAAGGGACAAGGUUCUAGGACAUCUAUAUUUGCAAAGAUGCAACUCCAAAAUUUUUUUUUUUUUAUUUUCGUUUGUGCAUUGGGAGAUAUGUGCAUAACAUUGAGGCUCUUGCUUUUGGGAGACCUCCACUGUGUUCCUAUAGUGUUUGGUUUAAAAAUCUUAAAAAUGUCACCAAACUUAUACAAAUCUAUGUUUCAGACACAGUUAUUUUUUUGUUAUAUUUUGCAAUGUGUUUAUUGCUGUCUACUGCUAGUCAGAUUAAUUUCAAAAUGUCCAAAAAUAAGUCGAGCUUUAUUUUUUCUUUAUAAUGUGGGCAUAUAUAGAUUGUGCAGCGACAUUUAUAGGAAUCUCUGCAGAGUGUAUAAGCAUACAAGCAUAAUUUUUGGCACCUUGAGUGCUGACAUAAUUGAAGAUUGGAUCUAUGUAGUUAUGCUUACACCUCCCCCCAUAACGUACUGAAAAGUCUUCUGCGAAUUGGUGGGAUCAGUUGUCAUGCUCAUAAAUACUUUUUAUGUAGAUUGAAUUGUAGGCCUGCACAAAGAGGCCGAUUUAUUUUACUUUCUGGUUGGGCAGAGCUAUUUGUCGGCUUGAAGUGUUUUGAUUUUGUCACUGUUUGCAGUGAUAUAAGUACCCAACAUCUUGCCAUAGGCACAUGUGCUCCCUUAACAGACAGUCAUGAAGUAAGCUGAAUUUUUUUCGUACAUACACCGUCUCAUAUUAGAUUGUCCACCAUUUUCUCUUUCCUCAUCACCUUUCAUCUUAACCGAAGUGAACAUUGGACUGUCACCUCUUGGUUGUGGGACUAGUUUGAGCUAGGAAGACGCUGUCAACAUGCGAAGGUUGUGUUACUUUCGUCUCCUGCCUUGCAUAUAUCUCUUCCACCUACAGUUCUUAAAAUGUGGGAAACUUCCAUUCAAAUAAAGGAACUGGGUUGUGUUGUGUAUUCAACAGAGGGAAUAAUGAUGCGAAGUGCCCCGCAUAGCGGCGUAAUGAAGUGCCAUUUCGAAGUAGAAGUUUGUAUUCAUCUAGUUUUAUUUCCAACACAUGAAA